AUGGAAGAAAGAUUAACUCUAUCAAGAGUUAGCAAGAACUAUCAAAUAGGGACACUAUGUCCACUCUGUAAAGAAGACUUUAGCAAGGAUGUGUACAAGUUGAACAAUCAUAUGAUACUAUGUUUCUUGUAUCUCACCGUUGGCUGUUUGGAUGUUGUAAAGGAUACUAUCAAAGAUAUAGAGUUUGAUGAACAAAGAAAAAAGAGAAAUAGAGAGGUGAAUGACAAUGAUGUUCAAAGUUUGUCACCAUCAAGAAACAAUCAAUCUUCUUUGACACAACAAUCAUCUACUACGUUAGCAACAAAAACUGAAGAUUCAUGCUUUGUAGAUGAAGAUGACAGAGAUAAUUAUACAACAAGAAAGAGAAAGAAGAUUGACGAAAAUGGAUCGCCAUACUCUAUAAAGUUGAUAUCAACAUCAUCAUCAACAAAUCAUUAUUUUAAAGAUACAUUAUUUAGAGUAUCAAUGAUAUCAAUAUUAUAUCGUGAAGAUGAAAAUGAAAGCGUAAUGAAUCUAUUGAUGACUUGUAAAGAUGCUAUGAAAUGGAAGGAUACUGUUGUAUUCCCAAGAUUACCUUCUAUUGAUACGAUAGAAUUGUACAAAGACAGUGGUAGAUUCAAUCAACUACCAAAAAGAUACAAUAGAGUUUAUAUCAAGAGUGUCAAAGAUAGAGACUAUUUUAAAGAGAAUGCAAGUGGUUUAAUCAAUCAUCAUUGUCGAGAACUAAACUAUUCUAUUAUUGAUACAGUACCGGCUGGAUUCAUACCAGAUCACUUUACAAAGAUUAAAAUUGAAGCAAAGAUAGAAGUUGGAUCAAUACCACCAUUUACAACCCACCUUUAUCUUGGACUAGGACAGAAGAUUUUUAAAGAACUCUUCCCAGAUACAUUAGAGGUACUUUAUAUCCCAAGUGGCGUGAUUGGAGAACAAUCAAACCUCGAUGAUCUUUUACCACACAAUCUAAGGAUACUUGGAAUCAAAUCCAGUUUGGUGCAUCCUUAUCUCUUUAACCUCAAGAAACUCAAUUGUCUGAUGAUUAGUAAAUCUUCCAUCAAAGGCAGCAGACAAACAUAUAUAGAUAUUCGCACUGGAUGUAUUCCCAAUACAAUUGAGAAUUUACAUCUUGAAAAUUGCAAUGUCGACCCUGGAUACAUUCUUCCAUCGAGUAUUAAAUACCUCUCAAUCAGUCUCACCAUCAACUCACCUAAAUGUAUUCCUUCAUCUGUACAGUACCUAUCUAUAAAGUCUGACCAACCCUUGACAGCAGGAUCUCUCCCUUCAUCGGUCAUAGAACUCCAUGUACAGGGUAAAUUAAAGAUACAUCCAGGAAGUAUCCCACCAUCAGUUGCCUCACUGGGACUGCGCGAGCUUGAAUUUUUACCACCCGCCUCUGUUAUCCCAGAUACCAUUUCCAGACUAUAUAUCAGUGGGUUAAAAUGUCAAUUCGAUGGUAGUCUAUAUCCAAACAGCAUCGAGUAUUUUUCACUUCAUGAAAAAUACGAUUACCCACUCAAACAUUGUAUUCCACCUUCGACAAAAUAUUUUAAGUAUCACGCCAGUCAUCCAUCGAUUAAUGAAUUCAAAGCCAAUGAUAUUCCAAAUGGGGUCACUCGUAUUAGAUUGGGUAAUCACUUUAAUAAAGAUUUGGUUCGUGGAUUUAUUCCAGAUAGUUGUGAGUAUUUGGAAUUUUCAUACUCUUAUGACCAAGUACCACUUUGGAGGGCCGUACCAAAACAAUUGAAAAAAGUCAGUUGUAAUCCUGUUUGUCUAAGGAUUAGCAAUAGUAUUCCACCAUCUAUCAAACAAUCACCUGCCAAUAAGACCCAUCUAGGAGGGAGUGAGUGGCCCAUAUUUUCAAGAUUUGUUGAAUAUUGGAAUAUAUUUGCCAAUCUAAACUAG